AUGGCCAACCCUUGGAGUUCGUCGGGAGUAGCUCUCGCGGAGCGGCGGGUGCGCGAGUGCACGGGUUGCUGGGCGAGCUCAUACUCGUACGCCUCUUCGUCUGCUUCCUACACACAUCACAAUCCUCGGCCCUAUUACGCCAAGCUGCCCAAUCCGCCAGUCUUCCUCCUGUUCCUUCGCGACGAAAAGGAGUCAUCGACAUCGCCGUUUUGGGGAUCUGACAACACUUCGCUUGAUCUCGGUGGCAGAAACAAGGGGCUUGGGCUCUUUGGGCUUGGAGUGGGAAGACGCCAAAAGUGGCUGACAGGGGCAUCUGACAUGGGGGGACGGCAAUGCGAGAUGGGAAUUGGACAAUUGCACAGAGCCCCUGUGGCCAACCGACCAGGUUUCUGGGCGCCAACAACAGGCAAAAAGUCCCUAUACAGGCUGUCACAGCCGCAGCACAAGCGUCUGGCCGAUCUGUCCAUCCAUAACUUCGGCUUGCAAAGCGCGCUCGUCCGUCGCAUGUUGGGCUUGACACUACUGCCAGUUUACCUCAUCUCCGAGCCUCUCGCGGUGCCCCAUGCCUUCAUCGGAGCCUAUCCCAUUGAAGCGCUUGGCUUUCAGCCCACUCGCCCACACUCAGGCGAACCUGAUGCCGGGGACCCCACACAGCCCAGCGGCACUCCAAGACAUUCUCGCGGGCGGCCAUUGGAGAAGGUUUAG